UCUUUUAAACUCAUUGGUCUUCCUUAAACAACUACAAUAUGAUUUGCAUGCACAAUAAAUCGUACUAAAACUAAAGCUUUUUAAUAAAACAAGCAUAUCAAGAAACUAAUAAAACAAGAAUGGCUCGUUCAAAUCCUCUGUGAUUCACACGCAGUGUCAGCAACUCAUCCGUCAGAAUCAUCGGCAAUCCUCGCCUCGGCAAUCAUCGACAAUCUUCGUUCGGUUCUUUUUUAGUUCGACGUGCUAUUUCGGCUGUGCGUCCUGCGUCAUCAACCCGGAACCUAUGCCCAAAACUAAAGUUCGAUUCAGUUCGAUUUGUGAACCGGCUCGACCGGUUACUUCCUGAGAACCGGCUCAAAAGAACGAUUCGUUCGAGAACCUAACAUCACUACUUUAAACCCAAGGAACAUAAAAUGGCAACCGAGAGUGAAGAAAAUGGCACGGAAAUGCAGCCUGAGGUGGAAGAUUCAUCUUAUUCCUUGGCUCGGUUGAAACUUGAGAAUCUCCUCAAUAAAAGCAUGACGAUUCGCAUGACAGACGGACGCACGCUUGUUGGGCUUUUCUUAUGCACAGACAGAGACUGUAAUGUCAUCCUGGGCUCUGCACAGGAGUUCCUCAAAUCCACAGGUUAUGUGGAAAAGCCUGUGCUUGGUGGAGAUCUACUGAAGAUGACCACAGCAUCCCAGGUCCCAAGAGGGGACUGUUUUAGUCAUUUUCUACUGGGCAAACUGAAUUACUCCAGAUUAUAGAAAAACCUGUGCUUGUGGAUCUACAUCGGAUGACCAUGGCAACCCAGGUGUGGAAAUAGUAGUUUUUAAUCUGAAAUCUGUGUAAUCUAAGAUGGACAAUUCUUCUGACACCAUAUGAAUGCAUACUGUCAUCUGGCAGAAGCUAGAUAAUUUAGAUUAUAAAGUUAUAUUUUUUUUACACCUGCAUCUCUUUGCUUCAGAAGGCCUUUAUUAAAGGAUUAGUUCACCUCGAAAUGAAAAUUUCCUGAUCAUUUACUCACCAAUGCCAUCCAAGAUGUCCAUGUCUUUUCUUUCUUUAGUGGAAAAGAAAUUAAGUUUGAAGAAAACAUUUCAGGAUUUUUCUCAACACAAUGGACUACACGUCACAAUCCCAGUUGAGGAAUAGGAUCUUCUUUAGCAAAACGAUUGGUCAUUUUCUAAAAAACCCACAAAAACAUUUAUUAGAGUUGGGUCCGAGUCCACCUUUGUCGAGUACGAGUCAAGACCAAGUCCUUAAACUUCAAGUCCGAGUCCAAAAGGGUCUGAGUUGGACUCAAGUCCAGUACUUAAAGGCCGAGUCCAAGUCGAGUUCGCCCGAGUCCAGAAAGUAAUUAAAUUGAAAAAAGAUAAAAAAAUUUGUAUUGUAAAUGGUUACUUUUUAUUAAUACUUUAACCCUUCAACCUAUUUAACCAAUGGCAAUAUAAAAAUGUAAUAAAAAUACCUCUAUUGCAUCUUGUCAUUGCCAUUGAACAUUUUUAUUCUAU